GCCUGGCCCCCUCCCAGCAGGUGGCUGCCGUGGCCUAGUCAAAGAAGAUAUGAUUUGUUUGUCUCACUCCUUGGGAAAUGCCCAUUAAAUCAUUUUAUAAUAUAGGAAUGGUGUUUGUCCAGCAAACAGCUUCUAGAGAUAAGACGAUGCCACUGAUGGUAUAAAGCAUGAUGCUUUCCUUCAGCUGAUCUUACGGACAAUUCAUCCGCCACCCUCCGUCUCAGCACUGCUUGAGCUGCAAGGAUGCUUUGUUUCACCCUCCUUGCUCUGCUGUGCUGCGGCAUCGCUAUCAAUGCAGGGCCCAUUCAACUGUCUUCUUCCUAUUCUGGGGAAUAUGGCGGAGGUGGAGGAAAACGCUUCUCACAGUCUUCGAACCAACUGGACGGACCAAUAACGGCCUUUAGGGUUCGGGUUAGCCGCUACUACAUUGUGGGACUCCAGGUCCGUUAUGGCACAAAGUGGAGUGACUACGUAGGUGGCUCAUCUGGUGACCUGGAAGAGGUUUUCCUGCACCCUGGCGAGUCCAUCAUCCAAGCCACCGGAAAAUACAAGUGGUACCUCCGCAAACUCGUGUUCGUCACUGAUAAGGGACGCUACUUCCCCUUUGGAAAGGACACAGGCACCAGCUUCAACGCAGCCCCCCUUUAUCCAGGCACUGUUCUGCGCUACCUUAGCGGCAGUUCUGGUUCUCUCAUCGAUGCCAUCGGUUUCCACUGGGACGUCUACCCUACUUAUUGCAGCACCUGUUGAAAGUAAUGGAGGCAAAGUAACACGAGACAAACUGCUCAACAGGAUGGGGACCAAGGCAAGGAAACUCAAGGAGAGAAUAGGGACGACUUUGGGCUUCACUUUUCCUUUAUUAAUGAGCUAGAUCGUUCUUUCAGUCACCUCAAAAUCCACUAAUAUGAUUCUUUCAUUGUUUACUUAUUGCCAGUGUGUUCCCUUGGGCCUCGGAAAUGUUACUUUUUUUGGACCAUGACACCCAGAAUCUCCUAGCUAAUAUGGGUUCCGACUAUGUUGACUAAGGGAUUUGGGAGUUGUAGUCAAAAAUACACACACACACACACCCCGUUCCUCUCCUAUCAAUCCAUCCGCUCUGGGCCAUUGCACCCACCACCCCCUUAGGUAACCAAUGAGCUUUUCCAAGGCAUCUGCUGUCUGUCCUUUGUUGUUUAGUUAAACCAACAAACAUUUGCCUCCACUCUGCCCUGUUCAGAGUUUUGUCUCCUGUCAAAUAACCAGCAUAACCUCUGCUGGCAAUC